AUGUCGCUGCACGCCUGGGAGUGGGGGGAUGAGGACCAGGUGAGCGUGGGUCCCGCGUCCUCCACGGGCAGCUUUUACCCGUCGGGGAGCGAGUGUGACGUGGAGGAGCACCUGCCGGUCAGGGCCUGGGCCCAGGAGUCGGACACCGACCACCCGUGCAGCAGCGAGUCCUCAGAAGGGCCCGCCAGCACCUUCGACUCCGACGUGCCCCACACCGUCCCCUGCAAGUUCAUCAUCUCGCUGGCCUUCCCAGCGACUGCGGGUCAUAAAGGAAAAUAUUCAAGCUUCGUUGAAAAAUAUAGGAGACACUCUAAAGUGGACAAACCUAUGGCAAAGGUCCGCCAUUACUACCACAUAGAGUACUUCCUCCUGCCCGACGACGGGGAGCCUAAAAAGGUCGACGUGGUGAUGUUUCCAGCCUUGGCCAAAGUGUUCCUGGAUUCGGGAAUAAAGACCAUCAGGCCGUGGCAGGAAGGGGACAAGGUCUGGGUGUCGUGGACCCAAUCUUUUAACAUCAGCGUGACAAAGGAGUUACUAAAGAAAAUAAAUUUCCACAAAAUCACCUUGAGACUCUGGGACACAAAGGACAAGGUUUCAAAAAAAGUCAAGUAUUAUCGAUUAAAGCCUUCUGGAUUUCUGGAAGAUGCAGGAUCUUUUGGUAAGACAGAUAUUGGUCAUUCGGUUUUAAGUCAGAGAAAAUUGUCUGAACAGGGCAUUCACGUCACAGAGGAGCUGCAGGACGACCACGCACCAGGGAAGCCCGAAAAAGCAAGAAAAUGCUUCAAGUCACUGUGGGGUUCUCUCCCCGCAGAAACGGAAGCUCUUCCCAAGACCGCAGAGGACUGUGAGAAGCCCCUCGGGACGGACGAGCUCGCCGCGGUGCAAUGGGAUACUUCAAGACCCGUGUUUUCUUUGGGAGGGGCAACCACGACGGAGAUGAAGGAGUUAAUGGAGAAGCCAUCACUUAGCAGCUUAACAAACUUGUUAGAAAAGCAAACAUUUCAAAUUAAACAGAAAGAAUCAGAUGGGAGAAGGAAAAGCCAGAGGAGAAGGAAGAAAGCUCGAGCGGAGGAGGAGACGGACUCGAGGCUGGCAGGCCGCGGGAAGCAGGGCACCUUCUCCAUCCAGCUGGCGGUGAUGCCACUCCUCGCAGGAUGGCAAACUGUCGUGAGUCGUGGCAGUGGGAGGUCUGCCAACAUCUUAGAUUGUUUCCUGACGCUGAAAACGGAAGUUCCCCUCAUGACCGAAGAGCAAAAGCAGGACUUAAACCCCCUGACCAUAAAGAUCAAGUGUGUGUCCUGCCUCCCGUCACAGCCUGUGUCCGUCUGCGAACUAGAGCGGCUGCGUGUCCCCGUGUACUGCACAUACCAGUUCCACGGGACCCCGGUGCACAGGACUGAGGGCCAGCCCCACGGGACCCACGUCUACUUCCAGGACGUCAACGUCAUCUUCCUGGGGGCCAUGCACCCCAGCGACCUGAGGGAGUACCUGGAGGGCCCCCCCAUGGUGGUGGAAGUUCACGACCGGGACCGCAAGUCAGAGGGGUAUGCCCGCGAGCCCACCCUGUUUGGGGAGGACGCCCUGGAUGCGUACCUCAACCUCCAGGCCCUCAUCUCCCCCAGACAGACAGAGAACAACCCCUUUGAAACCCAAGAUAAGAUGUGGGACCCUUACGGGGUCGCCCAGGUCAGCUUUGCCGACCUCCUCCUCGGCCACAAGUACUUGAACCUGGUCGCCCCCGUCCACAACUGCGAGCCCAAGGCCAUGCACCUGGGCCACGACAGCAGGAGCAGGAAGGUGGUGGGGUUCCGGGUCCCCAGAGACGGGCUGCGGCGCGGCCCGGUGCCCCCGGGGGCCUACCUGGAGGCCAGCUCCGUGCUGAAGCUGCGCGUGGACGUGGCGGUGCCACUGCGGGCCGGGCCCGAGGCCCUGGUUGCUGACCCCAUGGCCUCCCAGUUCGGCCGCGUCAUCUUCGUGGUGGACUCCAGGAAGCGCUCCCUCCUGCACGGCCUCCUGCAGGACGUCACCAUGAUCAAUGCCAGGGCCCUGGCCCUGGACUCCUACCCCCUGGAGUACCUCCAGCAGACCCUGUCCGCCUUUAAGAUGCGGGCGAAGAUCCAGGAGCGGCCGGACCUGGACGUGCUCACUGGCUUCCACCUGCUGGACGGGACGGUGCACCUCCUCAUCCUGGAGGGCUUGGCGGACCGAGGCCUGAGGCGGCUGUGGGAGGGCCACCAGCGCCGGGUCCCGCGCGCGGAGCAGGGCGUCUACAAGGCGCUCUACAACUCGCAGCUGCGCUUCCGCCGCCGCAUCUACGCCGCCCUGGAGAGCAUCCUGUGCCGCGUGCGCCUGUGCCGGCCGCUGGCGCAGCUGGUGCAGCGCGCGGGGCUCUACGUGCGCAGCGCGGUGGCGCCGCCCGCCUUCCAGGCGCUCAGCAGGAUCUACUGCAUCUGCCGUUACAGCACCAGGCUCAGGGAGGUGAUCGCCGGAGACCUGCUGCCCUCCUGCGCCAUGAUCAAGGAGCUGAGCCGGGAGUUCGGGUUGCCCAUUUCCCAGGAAGACCUCACAGAGGGAAAACUGCUGGCCGUGUCCCCUCCUCCUGCCCCCAGCCUGGAGGACUUCCGGAGCCAGCAUUCCACCCUCGCUUCCGAGAUCCAGGCCCACAAGGAGAAGUACCUGCAGUGGCGGAACACCACGAUCCUGAAGAACAGAGACCAGACGAACAGCCUGAUCCAGAAAAACAUCUCAGGGGCCUGCCAGUUAAGCAAGAAGGCUCCCAAGUCUGUGGUGAAGCUCAUCAGGGUGUCAGCCCCGGCCAAGGGCGCGGUCUACAACUACAGUAUCCAGACCCUGAACUCCGCGGAGCUCGCCAAGAAGGAGCUGUAUCGAGAGAUGGCCAAGGAGCCGCGGAGGAGGUUCACGUACUCCCAGAACUACCUCUCAGCCACCGUGGAGCCUCAGGACUCAGAGGCAGAAAGGAGAGAAGCCCAGAGGAAGUCCCGCGAGGCCUGGCUCACACCCAGCGGCUUCCAGGUGGCAGGUCUUCGCCGCACGGCCGGGACCUGUGCCCUGGGGCUGCCGCCCCCCAGCACCGUCACAGAGGAGUGGAGGGAGAAGGCGCUGUUUGCGAACGUGCUGGAGCCGGUGCUGGACAGAGAGAGGUGGGCCUGGGAUCAGCGCCACCAGGACUUCGAUGUGUACACGCGGCCGCCGCCUCUCCUGGAGCUGCCGCCCCUCCCUCCCACCCCAAAGCGCCCAACAGGGGCAGCAGGCGGCAGCGCCAGGCGACAGCGGGACGUGCUGACACUGGCCGCUCCUGCCCCGGGCCUGGCUGCCCCCCUUCAGCACAGGCCCCAGACUCGGGGCUGCAGGCAGAUGCGCCGCUGCCUGGUGCGGGCGCCCAGGGUCGCUGCUGUGGUCACACCCGGCUCGCGGCUCCGGGCCUCCCCAGCACAAGCUCCCUGGGAACCAGACCAGAGCGCGAAGCCCACAAGGGGAGCGCGCCCGGCCGAGUGUGUCCAGCAAGGAACAGCGGGAGCCUGGAUGCGCGUGGAGGGGGCGCGGCGUCGGGCUCGCAGCCCGCACAGCGCCGCGGCGUGGACGCCUCUGCGCGUGGAGCCUCUUCUUCAGCGUGAGGACAAAGGGUCCUGGAAGCCGCCCCCAGAAGGCGGAGCUGAGGGUCCAGACCGUAAAGGCUGGUUCUGA